AUGCUGCUGUCCCGGAAUGUGGACCGCGUAGCUGACGUGCUGGACCUGCCCACGCUGCUGUCGUCGGCCAUCUCCUCGUCGACUGCUGCUGCCCACGCCGCUGCUGGCGCCAGCUCGGUCACCUCCAACGCCAACUAUGCCUCUGCCCUGGACCUCCACGCCCACAUCAGACGCCUGCACACCCUCUACCCCGACUCGCAGCUUGUCUCGUCACUCGCCGGCCAGGCGGAGCAGGAGAUGAAGACCAUGACCACAAACCUGAUUGCGUCCCUCCACGCACAGGGUAUCAAGCUGGCAGGUGCUAUGCGGACCAUUGGCUGGCUGAGACGCGUGGCACCCGAGCUCGACGAGGCGUGGUCGAUCAAGCAGACUGGCAUUGGCAGCGGCGAAGGCAGCUUGGGUGCGCUGUUCUUGGUGUGCAGGCUGGGCUGCCUCGAGUCGAUGCUCGGCGCCCUCGACCCUCUCCGUGAGCUUGCAGACCAGGAGACAGAGCGACGACUCGGCAACACCAAGACAGACGGUGGCUGGUCCGCUGGCCAACAAACUGAAAAGUACCUCAAGAAAUACCUGGAAGUCUUCCGAGAGCAGAGCUUUGCUGUCAUUUCCAUGUACAAGAGCAUCUUCCCAUCUGCGCUACCUGCCCCUGGACAAGACGACGCUGCGCCUGCCGUAAAGCCCGUGGCCGAGUCGAAUUCACUGCAGCCCAUCCCUUCGGCGCUGGCGACCUUUCCCCUGCAUCUUGUCGAGAUGCUGUUCGACACCUUGCGCGAGUACCUUCCCAACGUCUCAGACCGCUCAGCGAGAGACUCGCUCCUUACACAGGUUCUGUACUGCGCUGGCUCGCUCGGCAGACUGGGUGGAGACUUCAGCAUGAUGAUCGCGCUGCUGGAAGAAGACCUGAAGGCCGAGCUGGGCCAUCAGGACAACACUACAACUGAGCAGCGACAGACAGAAGAAGAGUGGGUCGACGUCAUGAAGAAGCACCGUGUGCAGGCAUCCAGGCUGGAGCUGCUUGCAUCCGGUGUCGGUACUGGCAGGACAAGCAGUCCUGUCGAGAGAGCUGCCAGCCCGCUCAAAUGA